AUGUCCUUGAGUAAAUUGAGCGAGCACCAAAUUCGUUCAGCCUAUGGUAGCCUUAGGGAACUAUCGAGGCUCAUUGAAGGAGGUGGAAGCACCGGACGAUUUACUGAAGCCGCGAAUCGCUUUUUCACGCUCAUCCCACAUAAUUUCAGCACCCGAGGCCAACCCCUGUUGCAUACAGAGGAGGAGGUCAAUGGGAAAAUCGAGAUGCUGAAUACAUUGCUAAAAAUCAAGUGGGCCUACAAUUUUCUCAAGACCAACUCGGUACCUGACAUGAACGUUUUUGACAACAUUUAUGAGCAACUCAACAUAGAUGUCGAAGUACUCGAAAAAACAUCGGACGAGUUCCUUAUGCUGGCAAAGUACUUCAAAAACAGUCAUGGCACCGAGCACAUUUUGAAUGAAUUGGAGCUUGAGGAAAUCUUCAAGGUGAGGCGGAAUGGAGAAGACGCACGAUACGAACCUUUCAAGAAGUUGCACAAUCGUCGUCUGCUGUGGCACGGCACUAUGUUAGCAAACUAUGCUAGUAUCCUGUCAGACGGACUGAAAAUUGCACCACCCGAAGCUCUUGCCACAGGCUCCACGUACGGACGGGGGAUUUACUUCGCGGAUAUGGUCACAAAAGCAGCUAACUACUGCACAUUAUCUGUCAACCACAUGGGUCUGAUACUCUUGUGUGAAGUUGCGUUGGGUGAUAUGCAGGAUGUUGAUGGGCUAAAUGUGGUCAACGUUCCAGAAGUGAAAGACAGUUUGAGGGUCCGUGGAAGGUAUUUUCCGGAUCCUGUGCAGAGUUUUUUCCGUCCAGAUGGAGUUGAGGUACCUUUGGGACCUGUCCGUGGGGAUUUGGAGGUAGCCACAGGAACCCUCCACAACGAAUAUGUUUUUAUUGUUGAAAGGAAACUCCGAAGUCUCUCAGUUGAUAGCCUUGCUCAACUACGGAAAUUCGAAGUUGUCACCAUUCAGAGUGAAAGCCUCAAGAAAGAUUCGGAUUUAUUAAAUCUACUCUGUUGA